UUAUUUUAUUCCCUUUCCCCAUUCAUCAAAACUCGAAAAUUUCGAAAGACCCGACUUUUCUCAACCUGAACCCGCGUUUUCUCUCUCGCCGGAAAACACCACCACCGUCAUCUCCGCCGUCGAUUAUAAUCAAAGAAAUAACCUUUCUUUUUUUGUCAAUUAGCUUCUCCUUCCGCUGAGUUGUUCACUCAGCCAUGGGUAACUGUAACGUCUGUGUGAGACCUCCUAACCCCGAAGAAUCGAAACCGAAGAAAACCAACCAAAACCGGAAAUUAAACCCAUUCACCUCCGAUAUCAUCAGAUCCCCCGCUCGAACCCGCGCCCCCAAGGACGCGGUAAUCCCCACGAGCCACCAGACCAAGAUCACCGACAAGUACAUCCUCGGCCGAGAGCUAGGCCGCGGCGAGUUCGGGAUCACCUACCUCUGCACCGACCGCGAGUCCCGCGAAGCCCUGGCCUGCAAAUCGAUCUCCAAGCGGAAGCUCCGCACCGCCGUCGACGUCGAGGACGUCCGCCGCGAGGUCUCGAUCAUGUCCACGCUCCCCGACCACCCCAACGUCGUGAAGCUCAGGGCGACUUACGAGGACGGCGAGAGCGUGCAUCUGGUCAUGGAGCUCUGCGAAGGCGGCGAGCUUUUCGACAGGAUCGUCGCGAGGGGGCAUUACACGGAGCGUGCGGCUGCGGGAGUUGCGAGGACGAUCGCUGAGGUUGUGAUGAUGUGUCAUGUGAAUGGAGUUGUGCAUCGUGAUUUGAAGCCCGAGAACUUUUUGUUUGCUAACAAGAAGGAGAACUCUGCGUUGAAGGCUAUUGAUUUUGGGUUGUCUGUGUUCUUCAAACCUGGAGAAAAGUUUAAGGAGAUUGUAGGAAGUCCAUAUUACAUGGCUCCUGAGGUGUUGAAGAGAGAUUAUGGACCAGAGGUUGAUGUUUGGAGUGCUGGAGUUAUCAUCUACAUCUUGCUCUGUGGUGUUCCUCCCUUUUGGGCUGAGACGGAACAAGGUGUUGCUCUUGCGAUCUUGCGGGGAGUUAUUGACUUUAAGAGAGACCCUUGGCCUCAGAUAUCAGAGAGCGCCAAGAGCCUUGUCAGGCAGAUGUUGAAUCCUGAUCCCACUAAGCGUUUAACUGCUCAGCAAGUGUUAGCUCACCCUUGGGUACAGAAUGCGAAGAAAGCUCCAAAUGUUCCAUUGGGGGAUAUAGUCAGAUCAAGAUUGAAGCAGUUCUCUAUGAUGAAUAGAUUCAAAAAGAAAGUUCUUCGUGUAAUAGCUGAGCACUUGUCUAUUCAAGAGGUUGAAGUGAUCAAGGACAUGUUCUCACUGAUGGAUGAAGACAACGAUGGUAGAAUAACUUACCUGGAGCUCAAAGCUGGACUUCAGAAGGUUGGCUCACAGCUUGGUGAACCAGAGAUCAAAAUGUUGAUGGAAGUGGCUGAUGUUGAUGGGAAUGGGUUUCUGGACUACGGAGAGUUUGUAGCUGUGAUCAUUCACUUGCAGAAGAUAGAGAACGACGAGCUUUUCAAACUAGCUUUCAUGUUCUUUGACAAAGAUGGAAGUACAUACAUCGAACUUGAUGAGCUACGGGAAGCUUUAACUGACGAGUUGGGCGAACCUGAUGUCAGUGUUCUAAACGACAUCAUGCGUGAAGUUGAUUCUGACAAGGAUGGGCGUAUAAACUAUGAUGAGUUUGUGACGAUGAUGAAAGCAGGAACCGAUUGGAGAAAGGCGUCGAGACAAUACUCAAGAGAGAGGUUCAAAAGCUUAAGCAUUAACUUGAUGAAAGAUGGUUCAUUGCAUCUCCAUGAUGCUCUCACUGGACAAUCUGUCCCUGUUUGAUUUAAUUUGUUUUUUUUUCCCUGCUUGUUCUUUGAGAGAUGAGGACUUUACAGAAGCUAUGGUCCUUAUAUAUAAUCAUUUUGGGUUGUAUUUGUAUGUAAUGUUUUGUUUUAAUGUUGCAUCUUUAUUAAA